AUGAAGGAAUUUGCAACCCUUUUGGACCCUGGCUCGCUCUCUGCCCCUCUCCUCCUGGGUGCAAGCGCCGCCGCUAUAAUCACAGACGUGGGCUCCCCGGAGGUCAGCCACGUUGUCGACGAGCGAGUGGACGACUACCGCGUGGUUCUCGACGAUUACGAUGAUGGAAACGAGACGCCUCAUGUGCACGCCGAGUUCAACCGGCGGUUCGGAGAUGCGCGGUUGCACAUUGCGUCGCUCCAGGCCUACGUUACCAGCUGCCAUGGUCAUUUCUUUGCCGUCACCCGCUGGGAGACGUCCAACGCUCGAAACAUUGCCAAGGAUGCGAACUCUGGAACGGGCGGAUCAUGCAGACUCGUGGUCUUUCGGGGGAGUAUGAUUCGCUACAUGUUCGUACUGGGCGACGGCGCGUUUGAGUGGAGGGUGGAUAGACGCGACUGCUAG